AUGUCUUCGAGAUACAGAGUUGAUUAUGCCCUUAAAAAGCAUAGACAUGAUGAAUUUAUUCAAUUUAUAAAAUCACUUUUAUCCACACCUUUUGUGUUAUAUGCUGUGAAGCCGGCAGGUACCAUUUCAGAUGUUGAGGAGAUUAUGGUCGACUCAGAGGCCAGAAGAAGAUAUGCGGAAAUUUUCCACGAUCUCGAGAGUUUGGUGGAUAAUCAUAUCGAGAUGACUAAUGCAGGUGUGCCUGAGCUUUCCAGAUUGCACCAACAUGUUCCUUCAAUUGGAACAUUUUUCACUCCUUUACCCUUGGAAAAAGCAUUCUAUAUUGAAGAUGAGCGUAGAAGUAUCAGCAAGAGAAGACUGGUGGCUCCAUCAUUUAAUGAUAUCAGAUUAAUAUUGAACACAGCUCAAAUAAUAUGGCUUGCUACCGCAUAUCAGACAGGUAGAUCUACAAAUAGAUAUCUUAAGAUGAAGACGCACGGGCUUUCAAGUAUGACAACGACUUCAGAGGAGGACCGGCUGAAAUUAAUCACGUUUGAUGGUGAUAUCACGCUUUAUGAAGAUGGAGAGAACAUCGAGUCAACAUCCCCAAUCAUCACAGAGCUGGUCAAGCUACUUUCUAAAGGAAUUUACAUUGGCAUAGUUACAGCUGCCGGCUAUAAGGCAGAAGAAAAGUACGAAGAGAGGUUUUACGGAUUAAUUGAAGCUUUAAAAGAGUCCACCUCACUUGAAAAGCCGCAAUGUGAGAAUUUGCUCAUUGUGGGCGGAGAAGCAAACUAUGUCAUGCGAUACAAUAACGAGAAAGGCGGAUUGGUGAAAGUACCAUCAGAGGAAUGGAUGCUAGAUGAAAUGAAGGAAUGGAAAGAGGAAGACAUUGAGGAAUCCUUAGAUUUCGCCGCAAAAAAGUUUGGCACACUUAUCAAAAAGUUACGGCUACAUGCCACCGUUAUGAAGAAGGAAAGAUCUGUUGGAAUAGUGCCAAUGGAAGGUCAUAAGCUCAUUAGAGAGCAGUUAGAGGAGGUUGUGCUUAGAAUUGAUAGAGACCUGAGACGAUUCCAACCUGCACAAAGAUUGAAAUGGUGUGCAUUUAAUGGAGGAUCAGAUGUUUGGGUCGACAUCGGCGACAAAUCUUUUGGUGUUAGGAUUCUUCAAUCAUAUAUAGCCAAACACCAAGAUAUUGUUGUCGGACCAAAAAACACUCUUCAUGUCGGGGAUCAGUUUGCCUCUUUGGGAGCUAAUGAUUACGCUAGCAGGACUGCGGCGGCAACUGCCUGGAUUUCGAGUCCUAAUGAAACAAAAAAGCUUCUUCGUGACCUUAUUAGCUUCAUGGAUGAUUGGGCUACUUUUUAA